AUGGCUUGCAAGUGUCGUUUGGGCACCAAACUUCGGAUUUGUAUUAUCCUGAUCGUAGUAUCGUGCCUAUGUUUAGACAACGUUAAAGGAUCUUGUCUCAGCUAUGGCCAUUCGUGUUGGGGAGCACAUGGCAAACGAGCCAGCCCACCGGGACGAACAGUUUCUAAUGAAGGAUCAGGAGCGUUGCAGUUUAAACCACAGCCGCUGCUGGACCAAUCCAAUCCACUCCCGGCUGCUCUAACCACCGCGGAACGGUGGGCUUUGGUUAGAGUUCUCCCGGAAAAGAACAUUUAUAACACAUUUAGCAAGGUGAUACAUUCCCCACCGGCAUUGCCAGCGGCAUCUUUAAUAUUCAACGAUGACUUAGGCUUGUUCGGAGCAGAUCCACCGACGAUUAAAUUGGAUUCGAUCAACAGCGCCAUAGGAACAUCGGUUGACACAAGCUAUGACCCAAAAACGCCAGCGUCGACGGAGCAGGAUCUGGUUGUCGGUGAUGAACGUCUUCUCGCCGCAAUUGCAUCUCCCAACGAGCGUAGAAGAGAUCAUAGACAAAAGAAAAAAGGACAAUCUACGAGCACACGCAAAGGCGAUACCAGGUUUGGUGGAAUCGACGAUAGCUAUGAUGAUAACAUGAGCUUGGACCGAAAUUGGGCCCCGAACAAUGACGACAUCGGCCAAAUGUUGCUUCUUAAUGCGGCAGCAGCUGCCGCAUCGGCUAUUUCGGACAAUGACGCCACUGGUGCUACAACGCAGUUUAAACGGAAAUUGUUUAACGGUAGCACUAAAAUUUCUCUUCCGUUGAACGCUUAG